AUGUUGUGUUUUGUCAUGCAACAUAUUGAAUACAAACCUCAGAUCCGCGAAGAUUACCAAUUCGAGAUGGAGUACCGUAUCCGGCCUACUAGAAACCUCCAAAGCGCGCAAGGCCUGAUUCAAGUUGGUCGAGAAACAUUGAUAAAUGGGUUCAUUGUUGAUUGGGACGACGAAAAUAAUCGAUGGAUUGUAGAGGUCACCAGCGUUAGCAAUUGCACCGGCCGUUCCGACACUUUGAACAAAAAGGUUGUUCCAGGUGGCCAAGUAACCCCAUCAGGGCGCGUCCGCCCCGCAAAACAUGUUGCCAGCUCUACUCCAACCAAGCCUGUCAAGAACGCGAAGGUUACUCCAGACGUCAAAGGCAAACGUAAGGCGGUCACUCAGGAACCCGUCAGCUACGUUGAGGAUGAAUUUGAAUCCAAAGACGAAGAAGAAGAAGACGCACCUCCGCCUCCAAAAGUGACUCGCAAGUCUCCUAAGAAACCCGCAAAGCCCAAAGCCAAGAAAUUCAAGGACACCAAUGAAUAG